UUUUUGCUUCUGUUCAGUGGUUUAAUAUCAUCUUAUAGCAUCUAUAGCUACAUAUGUUAUACAAUUUUUUUUUUCUCAUUGUCUAGCAAUUCCAGUAUUAGAGGACAAGGGAAAGUUAUGUUUCGCCAAGCACAACUUAAUCGAGUUAAAUUACAGACAGUGUUUAAGCGACUUGCAUCUUUUGUGCCAGUAGAGUUCAACACAAGUCUUAAGCAACAUGGUUCACGCAUCAAUGGUCGGAAGUUUCUGCCAGGCUCUUCUCAUAAAGAUAUGCCAGAAUUUUUAAGCUACAGACACAACCCAAACCUAAAAGCUGUUCACUUCAAAGGUGACAAAAGUAAAGUUGCUACCGCAGUACGAGAAUACAUAGACGCUAAUCUGCAAAGCAGCAGCGCGAUAUUAUUUAAAGGUCUUCCAAUCGAGAACGAACACGACUUUAAUCGAAUAGUUAAAGGCACAGGUUUUAAAAUGAUGCCAUACGUAGGUGGUAUCGCCAGCAGGGAUACCUUAGUUGAUAAAGUGUAUGAAGCAAGUAACGAACCCAAGGAAAUUAGUAUUGAUUUGCAUAAUGAGAUGUCGUACGUCAAAUGGUUCCCCAAAAAGAUAAUGUUCUGCUGCAUCACCCCUUCAGCAAUUGAUGGAGAAACUCCGAUUUGUUUCAACAGGGAAUUAUUGAGAGAGCUUGAUCCAAUAUUUGUCAAAAAGGUGGAUGAAAAAAAAAUCCGAUAUAUUAGGAAUUAUGGAACUCGUGAGAAUUCGGAUUAUAUGUCAUGGCAGUCAAUAUUUGAGACUGAUUCAAAAGAGUGUGCAGAAGAAGUUCUGAAGUCUUUAAACAGCGAAUGGAAAUGGCAUUCAGAUGGUACCUUAACAAGUUGGCAUAUUGGUGAUGCUUUUAUAACACAUCCAGAAACAAAUGAAAAAAUCUGGUUCAAUCAAAUACCAGCAAUGCACAAUUCGUUUUAUUUUAAUCAUCCAGAUUUUUAUGAUCAACCUGAAUUAAAAACAGAAGAAUUGCCUUUUCAUAUGACUUAUGGUGAUGGUGAAGAAAUGGAGUUGGGGUUUAUACAACAGCAUCGAAUUGCUCAAUGGAAAUUAGCUGUCGGAAUUCAGUGGGAAAAGGGAGAUUUGAUAGUUCUGGAUGAUUUGUUAGUGCAACAUGGACGAAUGAGUUAUCAAGGAGCGAGAAAACUAGUGGUUGGUUUAAUUGAUGAGUGAUUUUUUUUGUAAUAUAAAUUCAAAUUAUUUUUAAUGCUUUGAAAGUAAAGAGACUUUUGGUUGCAGUAUCUUAAUAAUGUAAAAAAAUAAUAUCAUGUUUCUAAAAGUUACUUUUUUGCUUUUGAUGUUGUGCAUUGCAUUUUCUGAAAAUUUUUAGCGAAAGUAAUUCUGAUGUGUCGGUAAGAAAUAUCUAAUUAUUUUAUAUCGUUAUAUUAUAUUGUAUAUUAUAUUGUGUAUUUUUUGUAAUAUAAAUAUUUCUAAUGAUUGUCCUCACCAAUGGGUUAUUUGCACAAGUUCUUCUUUAACCAUCACUUGAAACACUCAUAACUGUUAUUUUAUCGGUAAGCAUAAUAACAUGUUUCUUUCCGCGACAAACUGGCAACAAAGUUAUCUGCGAAAUGCAGAACCAUAUGUUUGAAUGAAAAUGAGCACGAUUAAAAUUAUAGAAUGUAAAAAGACACUGAAUUUUUUUCUUCAACUUUUAUAAUAUAGCCAACUAUAGCCAACCGUAGCCAACUAUUUUUUAACUAUUAUCCAGCUAUAGCCAAUUUUCGCCAACUAUAGCCAACUAUAGCUAACUAUAGCCAACUAUAGCUAACUAAAGCCAAUUAUAACCAACUAUAGCUACCUGUAGCCAACUAUAGCCAACUAUAGCAAACUGUAGUCAACUAUAGCUAACCGCAGCCAACUAUUAUCCAACUAUAGCCAACUAUAAUCAGCCGUAGCCAUCUAUUAACCAACUAACUAUGCUAACUAUUUCAGCAAAAAAGUAGAGCAUUUCUUCCUUCCUCUUUCUUUCAAAACCGGGCCUGUUCAACAUCGUAGGAAAAAAACGACACUUGCCAAUCAAUGCAAAUAAAUAGUUUUUGGGAAAGUGAGUGCAGGGUAAUAAAGACUAUACGAGUAACUACGCCGAGGGGAACACGCAUGAGAGCUGUCUUUAUAUUAUAAAUGCACGAGUAGGAUCAUUUCCCCCGAGAAUAAGCCAAACAUACAUUCCUACAACUUGUGUGAAAAAUAAACUUGAUUGAUACAUUAUUCAUAAGUGUUUGAAAAAAAGACUGUUGUAUUAUGCGGGUAAAUCAUUUAAAACUUAAAAUUGCGAAACAACAUGUUUUUGAAAAUCCCUGUCCUGUCCUGUCUUCUUCUGACAAAUUAUGUCAUAACUUAGUGACAAUUAUAUGUUUUUUAUCACAUAACAUUUAGUUCUUAGUAGAAUAAUCAAGCGAUACAAGCCAAAUGUUUUUUUUAUA